GGUUGUUUAAAAUGCCUGUUCAUCAUAACUGCGGAGUUGGAACGAAACUAUCGUCCUGAGAGAGGGAAAAAAACGCUCAUGGGUUCUGAUGGUAAUUCAGGGCCGACGAUCGAGAUCAAUGAUCUGAAAUUCACGUAUCCUGGGAUCGACGGCCAUCCUCCGCCGGGUUCCGCUCCUCUCAUCCAAGACUUCUCUCUCAGCCUCAAUUCCGGCGACCGCUGCCUUCUCGUCGGAUCUAAUGGCGCUGGCAAGACCACUAUACUUAAGAUAUUAGGAGGGAAGCACAUGGUGGAACCAAGCAUGGUUCGGGUACUUGGAAGAUCGGCUUUUCAUGACACCACUUUAGUAUCUUCUGGCGAUCUGUGUUAUCUCGGCGGCGAGUGGAGACGAGAUGUUGCUUUUGCAGGGUUUGAGGUCCCAAUACAAAUGGAUGUUUCUGCAGAGAAACUGAUAUUUGGGGUAGGUGGGAUUGAUCCUGGAAGAAGAGCAGAGCUAAUCAAGGUACUAGAUAUCAAUCUCUCCUGGAGGAUGCAUAAAGUAUCUGAUGGUCAAAGAAGAAGAGUUCAAAUCUGUAUGGGUCUUCUCAAGCCAUUCAAGGUUCUUCUUCUUGAUGAGAUAACAGUGGAUCUUGAUGUUCUAGCAAGGGCCGAUCUUCUGAACUUUCUACGAAAGGAAUGCGAAGAGAGGGGUGCUACAAUUAUCUAUGCAACACACAUUUUUGACGGUCUUGAGAAUUGGCCUACACACAUAGUUUACGUAGCUCAUGGAAAGCUGCAACUGGCAAUGCCUAUCGAUAAAGUCAAAGACAUCAGCAAAUUGUCACUGAUGAGAACAGUUGAAAGUUGGCUGAGGAAAGAACGAGACGAAGAGAGGAAGAGAAGGAAAGAAAGGAAGGCAAAAGGUCUGCGGGAAUUUGAAAGGCAAGCUGAGGGAAGCCGAGUGACAGGAGAUCCGGCUCGACUGAUGAAUAAUGGCUGGGCAGCGGGGCGACUGAAUCCCACCGUUGCUGGCGAGGAGAACUUUCUCUUCAGCUCAAACAGGGUGCUGAGGCAGUAGAUAUGUUCAAAUUCCUUCCUGCCCCCGAUCGAUAUUUUUCAUGUUCCUUUUUGGGCCUCCAUCAAAACGCUACGAAUGCCUUCUUCCAUUUUAAACUUCUACGUUGGGGCCUUGCUUGUUAUCCUGAUAAAAUGAGUCGUGCUAUUUAUAAUGUAUGAAUAGCACAAGUUCUUAUAAACCUAUUAUAUCAAAUAUAUAUUGAUUUAUUGAUAUUAACAUGCGUGAUGGGAUUGAGCUAGACAAUGACACCAUUGUAGGAGUGCCACAAAUCGCAUAAUAUUA